CCUAUCCAAUCCAGGGCCGCCCUCGAGAAAUUCUCAGGUUCAACCAUCCCAACAGCAGAGCAGCUUGCCCAUCUCAAGCCACGAAUUGACUCCAUUCCCAAUCCCGCCUGCCGACAGCCCUUUCACAACCAGGCGACUACGGCCCCGAAUACCCCAUUAAGCCGGCCGCAAUGUCGUCACGAUGCUCCUGCGCGCGGCUGACGCGCCUCCCGACCACAAUCGUCCCCAGACAAGCCAACCUCAACCUCACACGACCCUUCUCCUCUACGACGGCCCAGCUCAAGGUGCCCCCCCAACACCCAGACUGGAUCAAGGUCCCGACGCCGCCCCAAUCCCAGGCCUCUGAGGAGAAGCCCCCCAUCAUCAAGGGCACCCUCCCCACGCCCCGCGACGUCUUCCCAGCAAAGGAGAACGAUCGCAAAGUCCAGCCCGAGUACCUCCUCGAGACCGCACCCGCGCCCACCAGCGCCUCCUCCACGAAGCCCGCCCCUCCCGGCUCCCGCCUCGAGCACCGCCGCCGCAUGGCCGAGUCCCGCCGCGAGAACCUCGGCAUCGCCCUCCAGGGGCUCUACCAGCGCAAGCAGGAGGGCGUCGAGACCGUCACCGCCGAGAGGCAGCGCCGCCUCCGCGACCACCAGCGCGCCGCCCUCGCCCCCGAGCGCGCAGACGACCGCCUCACCCGCGGCUCCGUCCUCUCCUCCCUUGUCGAGUCCGCCUCUGUCGCGCCCAACAAGGACCGCUACGACCAGGCCAACGCCAGCAAGGCGCGGACGGCCAGGCUCGCCGCCAAGAAGAGCGAGGCGAGACAGGACGCCCUCAUGGAGCUGUACAUCAACGCCUCCAAGUUCAUCGUCACCGAGGAGGAGCUCGGCAAGCAUCUCGACCAACUCUUCUCCGAGGACUUCUGGAAGCGCCAGGGCAAGUCCAUGGCCCACGACGCCGACAACGCCUGGGACGUUUGGGGACAGCCACCGACAGUGCAGUCCAUGCUGGACGACAUGCUGAGAACGCAGCAGCGGGCCAUCGACUUCCAGACGAGCGACCAGGACAGGACCGUCAAGAGGCAGAAGUCGAUUGCCGAGGAGCUGACGGGCGGCAAGAUGGAGUAAAGGGGUUCACACGUCAGAAAUGGCCCGCCGCUCAGCUUUGGAGAGUCGGCACAUUCGGUGGGUUGUAUCAAAAAUAUCAAAAUGGUGUUUUGACCGUUGUAACAUCUCACAUUUGUACGUUGUGGUGGCUUUGGGUCAUAGUCUCUGCAUAUCACCAUACCAAAAUUUCGGUUGCAGGGCCGCCGUAGAGCGCAC